AUGUUAACUUAAGUUAAAAUAACAAAAAGAAACUCAAAAGCCAUAAAAACUAAGAAAGAUAAGGAUUAAGGAAGAAACAAAAAUGUAAUAUUAUAGUAAGAAUUUCAUCAUCCUGUCAAUUCAAAUUCUGAAAUCUUCAUGUCUGAUCACGAAUCAUUAACUUCAAAUAAUGAAGAACCUAAUAAAGUGUGUGAUAUAACUGAAAAUGCAGAUAACGUUUAUUCGCAAUAAUUUCUGAAGCAUAAAGAUAACUAAGCAAACAAAAACCUUAAACAAGAGAAGAUGAAAUAAAUACGCUAUUCAUUGAAGAAAGAUAAUGAAAUAAGACAUAAAAGGUCUAAAAAUAGAGUUAAGACAUUUUCUAAAGAAGAUGAUUAACGAUUACUCAACUACGUUCUUAAGAAAGGACCCAAGUUCCAUAAGUUCUCCAGAUAUUUCCCUGGAAAAACAUCAAACAUGUUAAAAAAUAGAUAUUACAAAUAACUAAGAUUCGUUUGGGAUAAUAUUUUGGGAAAGUACAAUGUUAAAUAUUUUAGACAAUACCACCCUGUGGAUUGCAUUUCAAAGGAUCAACUUCCAAAAAUAGAAAAUGAAGCCGAUUAAAUAAAAAUAGAAACGAUAGAAGAACUAUAAUUGUUUCCUGAAGCAGAAUGUGUACUAUCCAAAUUUUUAGGUUGUUUAUCUACAACAUUUAUUAAUAUUCAUACACAAUUUUUAUGA